AUGACGAUGAUUUCCGAUCUUCCUCACGAUUUGGAAUCGGAAAUACUCUCCAAAGUUCCGGCGAAGUCUCUAGAAAAAUUGAAAUCCACUUGCAAACGAUGGUACACUUUAUUCAAAGAUCCGAGAUUCAUCGAGAAGAACAAUUCGGGUAGUGAAGCAGCAAGGGAGGUCAUCUUACUGAUGAAUUCCAUCGUUUAUUCAAUUAGGAUCAAUGUCCAUGGAAUUCAUCUCGGAGUUUACCCAUCUGUGAAUAUUUACAGGUAAACUAAAAAACAUCAAAGUAUCUAAAAUCUUUCAGUGCGACGGAUUGAUAUUGUGCACCACCAUGGGAAGGAAGCCUAGGCUCGUGGUUUGGAAUCCUUGUAACGGUGAAACGAGAUGGAUCGAGCCCAGAAAAUGUUUUUGAUACCUUUGCUCUAGGAUACGGAAACAAUAGCUACAAAGUAUUGUUGCUUCG